AUGGGAAGGAUAAUUGGUGUUAUCAACGCUAUAUGGGCGCGCUCGGGUCCAAGAAUCUACAUUCAUAACAUUGGUGUAGGAACAUUUCUGCUUCGAGUCGUGAAUCAAAGAACAAGAGAGUAUCUAUUAAGCAGAAACGUGUGGAACAUAGCUGGAUUCCCAAUGUUUGUUGCUCCUUGGUCUCCGGAAUUCUCUUCGGAUCAGCUCCCUCUUUCGUCUGCACUAGUGCCUGUGGAGUUUCGAAAAGUGCCUUAUUUGCUCUUCAAUAAACAGAGCUUAAGCAGAAUAGCAACGACGAUUGGGAAACCGGUCUCGCUAGCUCCGGAAACAGAAAGAAAAGAAAAUUUUGAAGUGGCAAAAAUAUAUGUGCGCGUGGAUUUAACCAAGAAGCUGCCAUCAAAGUGUGAUCGGUGUGGAAAGUAUGGUCAUGACCGGUUCUCAUGUGCUGUUGGAGAGUGGCAAAAGACUCAAGAUCGCGACUCAAAAAAGCGUUCAUCUGCUUCCCCAAGCAGGUCACGAGGUGCUGGUGGUGGUACUCGUAAGAGUCGAAGCCGUAAGCGAAGGUCAAGAUCAAGGAAAGUAAGUUCCUCAUCUACAUCAAGCAAAAAUGAAGUUAGAAAUAAUACACCGCGAGGAGUAGCGAUAGAUAAUGUUGCAUUGGAGGUAGUGGAAACAGUUACGAUUGGUGAACCUAUUAAGACAGAUGAGGUUAUCAUGACAUUGCCUGUUGAAGCAAAAAUGCAACAGGAUACAGUGAAAGUGAGGUCUGCGGUACCUUCUAUGAGUGCUCAGUCUACAGGAGAUGGAAGGAUUAUAUAUGCUAUUCCAGCAAAUUGGAAAUUUUUUGGGAAUUUUGAACAUCACCAUUUGGCACGCCUUGUGGUUGUUUGGGAUCCAAGCGUGUCUCUUAUCGUUUACCAGGUUUCGGCUCAAGCUGUUACUUAUGGUGUUUUCAUCCCUUCGGUAAUGCUAUCUAUUAGAGUUACUUUUAUCUACCGCUUCAACUCCUUGGAAGAAAGACAGUCUCUUUGGGAUGAGUUAAGUGUUUUGAAUGCCACUACUCCGGUUUCUAGGAAUCUGUGGGCUGUUGUUGGGGAUUUUAACCAGAUUUUGAGGGCUUCUCAAUACUCUAAUAGUUUAGACAUGGCUAUUGACGAUUCUGGAACUGAUGAGAUUAACUUAGCUCUGCAGGAUGUAGAAUUGUUCGAAGCGCAAGCUAAGGGUCUUCUUUUUACAUGGUGGAAUAACUAG